CUGACUUGCUUUACGUCUCACCAUUCACUCAGGACAAGAUCACAGGACCUGUCGGAUCCGAGUGGACUCUUAAGGACAACUACAUUUAUGUCUACGAUCCAAACUGUCGUGCGUAAGGACCAGCACGGAUGACGCGUGUUGCCUUUCAGCUGUUCAAUGACAGAAGAGACGCGCCAAAGAAGAGAUGGGAACCGUCGCUGGACUUUUACCUUCCCGGCUGUGGGGAAAAUGUUGUCAGUUCUCCAUGUGGGCUGUACCUGUAGUAGUGGUUGUGGUCCAGCUUUGCGCUGCGUUUAACUUGGACACGGAGUCACGCGUGGUUUUCAGCGGACCACAGGGGAGUUAUUUCGGAUAUUCAGUGGAGUUCUUCGGCAACUCAUCCAGUACCAGUAUUUUGAUUGGUGCGCCAAAAGCUAACACCAGCCAACCUGACAUAGCUGAAGGAGGAGCUGUGUACCUGUGCCCGUGGAGCCAAGCUAACUGCAGCAUUAUCAACUUUGACAAGCAAGGUGAUCGAUAUUUCCAUAUAAAUGAAGUUAACACUCAGGUUGAAUUCAAGUCCCGUCAGUGGUUUGGAGCUACUGUGCGUGCGCAUGGCAACAGUGUCUUGGCUUGUGCUCCUAAUUAUUACUGGAGGACCGAACAUGACACACCAUUCGCUGAUGUCACAGGAACCUGCUACCUCUCUGUAGACAGCCUCAAAUCAUUUGUAGAGUACGCUCCCUGCCGAACAGAACAUCACGGUCCUGCUGGACAGGGCUAUUGUCAGGGUGGAUUUAGUGCAGACUUCACAAAGGAUGGGAAAGUUGUACUUGGAGGACCAGGCAGCUUUUACUGGCAAGGUCAGCUGCUCUCAGCCACCACAGAGGAGAUUGUAAAGGCGUACUACCCCUCUUACUUCCUGCUGUCUGUCCGUGGGCAGAUUCAGACUCGACAGGUGCAGGGGAGCUUUGAUGACAGCUACCUAGGUUAUUCUGUGGCUGCUGGGGAGUUCAGUGGGGAUGAUGAGGAAGAUUUCAUCACUGGAGUUCCAAAAGGACUCAUGCUGUAUGGUGUAGUCUCCAUAUUGAACGGGAAGGAUCUGACGUCUCUGCUCAACUUGACAGGAGAGCAGAUGGGGUCCUACUUCGGCUACACAGUGGCAUCCACCGACAUCAACAAUGACGGUUUGCAUGACCUGCUGGUAGGAGCUCCUCUGUUCAUGCGUCGAGGGUCCAGUGGCCGCCUUGAGGAGCUGGGUAAGGUGUAUGUGUACCUUCAGAAGGGCCCCCUACUGCUGGAGCCAGGCCAGUCCCACCUCCUGGGUCAACAGGCCUUCAGUCGGUUUGGCUCCUCACUGGCUCCUCUGGGUGAUCUCAACCAGGACGGAUUCAACGACGUGGCCAUCGGCUGUCCCUAUGGAGGAGACGACCAGCAUGGAUUGGUUCUCAUCUACAGCGGUCAUGCUGGAGGUCUUUUGGACACGCCCACACAAACUCUCUCUGGCCAAUGGGCCUCCAGCUCUUUUCCUGCCAGUUUUGGAUAUGCUCUAAGAGGCAACAGAGAUCUGGAUCAGAAUGGCUACCCAGACCUGAUAGUUGGUGCUUUUGGGGUUGAUAAAGCUGUGUUAUACAGAGCUCGGCCAAUUGUGACUGCCAGUGCAUCUCUUACGGUGCAGCCGACCAUGUUCAACCAGGAGGAGAAGACUUGUGAGCUGUUCACAGGCAGUGAAACCACUGCUGUGUCGUGUGUCAGCAUCAGUUUCUGCCUGCUGGCUAAUGGGAAGCACCUCCCCUCUCAUCUAGGAUUUGUGGUGGAGGUUCAGCUGGACAGAGAAAGGCAGAAUCAGAAAAAGUCUGUCAGGAGAACUCUGUUCCUGGACAGCCAGCAGAGCAGUCUGCUGAAGAUCUUCCACCUCACUGUUGGUGAACGCCUGUGCCAUGACGCCAAGAUCUACCUGCGGGGUGAGGAUGAGUUUAGGGAUAAACUCUCUCCCAUUUACAUCAGCCUGAACUUCAGUCUGGAUCCUCAAGCCUCGGUGGACCAGCAUGGCCUCAGGCCUGUCCUGAAUUAUCAGACAGAGCAGCCCAUAGAGCAGAAGGCCCAGAUUCAGCUCGAUUGUGGAGAGGACAACAUCUGCGUCCCUGACCUCAAGCUGGCUGUUUAUGGUGACAGGCAUGAGGUUUACCUGGAGGAUGAAAACGCUUUGAGCCUGACCUUCAACGCCAGGAAUGAGGGAGAGGGAGGAGCCUAUGAGGCAGAGCUCUACAUGGUGCUACCCCCACAGGUGGACUAUAUUGGGAUAGCACGCAACAAUGUGAGCCUGACUCAGCUGAUGUGCAGCUAUAAGACAGAAAACCAGACCCGCUAUCUUACGUGUGAUCUGGGAAACCCCAUGAAGUCUGGGACCAGUUUAUGGGCUGGGCUGAGGUUCACUGUGCCAAGACUGACAGACACUGAGAACACUGUACAGUUUGAGCUCCAGAUACGAAGUAAAAAUGCAAAUAACUCAGAGAGUGAAGUGGUGUUGUUGGAGCUGGAGGUGGCUGCUAUGACUGACAUCCUCCUGCAGGGUGUUUCUCAUCCAGAUAAAGUCUUCUUUCCCCCUCCAAACUGGACUGCGAGUCAGAGUGUGAGGGAAGAACAGGACAUUGGCCCUGAGAUUCUGCAGGUCUAUGAGUUGGUGAGUAACGGCCCCAGUUUGGUCAGCCACUCCACAUUAAAGGUGAGCUGUCCACUGAGGGCUCCAGGCCACCAGCUGCUCUACCCUGUAGAGGUGCUCACUGAGGGGCCGCUGAGCUGCUCCUCUAAACAGAUCCUAAAUGCACUGAGACUCAAGCUCGAGCCCCCAGCAGCCACUGGCCCUAGGCUACUGAAAUCCAACACUGAGCAUCACAUCCGGAGGAGGGAGGUUUACAGUGACAUUCUGAGUGAACAAGGAAACCUGACGUGCUCCACGGUGGAGUGCUGGCAGCUGCAGUGUGACGUUGGGCUGCUGGAGAGAGGAGCCAGUGUUAUUCUGACAGUACGCUCCAGACUGUGGGCUGAAACCUUCAUCGAGAGGGCUUUUAAGCAAUAUUUCCUUGAGUGCUCUGUUCAGUACAACGUGAACAGGAUGCCUUACUCUAUCCCUCCCAAAUCCAAGCCUUCUGGUUCUAAAAAGGUGGUGACUGCUGUAAUAUGGAACAAGCCCGACAGUUUGUUUUAUGUUCCAGUGUGGAUCAUCAUCCUGGCUAUUCUUGCUGGGUUGCUACUUCUCUCUGUACUCACAUAUCUACUAUACAAGAUGGGCUUUUUUAAACGAUCCGAUCCGUACGGUACAACCAUGGAGAAGGCCCAGCUCAAACCCCAGGCGUCCUCUGAGGCGUAGACCCAAAAAGGAGCCUCCUUGCAGCUGUUAUAAAGAACUGGAAUUAUCCCAAACAAAUAAGGAAACUGGCUAAUGAUAAACAGGCUACCCAUCUAUGAAAGGACAAUAAUGGGUGCUGUAUCACUGGAAUACACAAUAUCUGGUGCUGCACUAAAAUGCCAAAGCAGGAAAGACUGCAGGACUGCCAUGCAGAUGAAUAUGCACUGCUUUAUGGACAUGUAUUUGUACAAUCAGAGCUCCCGGUAAGCUCAGCCCAGUGGAAAACAGUUUUCAACUCAAAGAUGUGCUGACCUGGAAAUACUGAAAUACCAAAGCCAAUAAAGGAACAAAAACUGCACCUCCAAGAAAAGGCACUAAUAUUACAGUUCUUCAUUACUGAAAGGUGUGUUUUAAUGUUUGCAGUCCCAUCAUUUGAUAUUCUGAAAUUCCUGCUUUUUUAUGAUUUAUACACCACUUUCUAUUUAUGGCACAGUGUUUUGCUAUGGGUUGUUGAAUGUUAUACUGUACUGUCUGCAGGACAAUCCUGACCAAACUGCAAUGCUUAACUUGAAUUAUUCCUCUCCCAUAUUGGGAGGUAUUUUGUGUAUUUUGUAAUGUAUGUAAUGAAUUAUUGUGUAAUGACCCGUUGGUGUCCAGAAUAAAGCCUAAUUUUGUAUAUCCAC